UUUUCGCAUUUUUUUUCUUCUCCGCUUUUUCCCCCAAAACCGCAAAAACGAAGCGGAGCUGAAUCACAGAAACCCUCGGAAAUGGCGAAACCCUCGCGUUCAUCCGACGACUCGCUGACCAGCUCCUCGGCCGAGGAGGAGGUGGUCAAGGACCAGGUCAAUGACGAAGAAGACGACGACGAGCUCGAGGCGGUGGCUCGCCCCGCUGAAGACUCCGACGACGAGGAUGCUCCCAACGAUGUUGUCCAGGACGAUGAUGAAAUUGAGGAAGAGGAUGUUGUUGCAAAUGAAACUGCAAAGCGUGAAAGAGCAAGGCUUAGAGAAAUGCAGCGGGUAAAAAAGCAGAAAAUACAAGAAAUACUUGAUGACCAGAAUGCUGCUAUUGAGGCUGACAUGAACAACAAAGGAAAGGGUCGAUUGAACUAUCUGUUACAGCAAACUGAGUUAUUUGCUCACUUUGCCAAGGGUGAUCAAUCUGUUCAGAAAAAGGGCAAGGGAAGGGGUCGCCAUGCGUCGAAGAUAACUGAAGAGGAAGAAGAUGAAGAGUGUCUUAAAGAGGAAGAAGAUGGCCUUUCUGGCACUGGAAACACUAGACUAUUGGUGCAGCCCUCUUGUAUUCAGGGUAAGAUGAGGGACUACCAGCUAGCUGGUUUAAAUUGGCUGAUUCGGCUGUAUGAGAAUGGCAUUAAUGGGAUACUUGCUGAUGAAAUGGGUCUUGGUAAAACUUUGCAAACAAUCUCCUUGAUGGGCUACUUGCACGAGUUCAGAGGAAUUACAGGUCCUCACAUGGUUGUUGCUCCAAAAUCCACACUUGGAAAUUGGAUGAAUGAAAUUAAAAGGUUUUGCCCUGUACUGCGUGCUGUAAAGUUCCUUGGAAAUCCUGAUGAAAGGAGAUACAUUCGUGAGGAGUUACUUGUUGCUGGCAAGUUCGAUGUCUGUGUAACAAGUUUUGAGAUGGCUAUCAAAGAGAAGACUACACUGCGCCGAUUUAGUUGGCGCUAUAUCAUUAUUGACGAAGCCCAUAGAAUUAAGAAUGAGAAUUCCCUUCUCUCAAAAACGAUGAGACUCUUUAAUACUAACUAUCGACUUCUUAUAACUGGAACACCACUUCAGAAUAAUCUUCAUGAACUAUGGGCUCUCCUCAACUUUUUGCUUCCAGAAAUAUUUAGCUCUGCAGAGACGUUUGAUGAGUGGUUCCAAAUUUCUGGUGAAAAUGACGAACAUGAAGUUGUCCAACAGCUUCACAAGGUUCUCCGGCCCUUCCUUCUUAGAAGGCUAAAAUCUGAUGUCGAGAAAGGUUUACCUCCCAAAAAGGAGACAAUACUUAAAGUUGGUAUGUCCCAAAUGCAAAAGCAAUACUAUAAGGCAUUGCUACAGAAAGAUCUUGAGGUGGUAAAUGCUGGUGGAGAACGCAAACGCCUUCUUAAUAUAGCCAUGCAGCUCCGAAAAUGUUGCAAUCAUCCAUAUUUGUUUCAAGGUGCAGAGCCUGGCCCACCUUAUAGCACAGGAGAACAUCUAAUUGAAAAUGCUGGCAAGAUGGUUCUUCUUGAUAAGUUGCUGCCAAAACUAAAGGAGCGUGAUUCCAGGGUUUUGAUAUUUUCCCAGGUUGGAACCAUGACCGACUUUAUUGCUACUUUCAGAAUUUUGUACCUCUUAUGGAUUGAUUAUAUUUAUUGUAUACUAGCAGAACAAAAGACUGUGAAUAAGGAUGAGUUAUUGCAAAUGGUGAGAUUCGGCGCUGAAAUGGUUUUCAGCUCCAAAGAUAGCACGAUCACAGAUGAGGAUAUAGAUCGUAUAAUUGCCAAGGGAGAAGAAGCAACAGCUGAACUUGAUGCCAAGAUGAAAAAAUUUACUGAAGACGCCAUCAAAUUCAAAAUGGAUGACACUGCUGAUUUGUAUGAUUUCGACGAUGAUAAGGAUGAAAAUAAGUUAGAUUUUAAGAAAAUUGUUAGUGAUAAUUGGAUUGAACCACCAAAAAGAGAAAGGAAACGCAACUACUCAGAAUCAGAGUACUUCAAGCAGACAAUGCGUCAAAGUGGUCCUGCUAGGCCCAAGGAGCCUCGAAUUCCUCGCAUGCCGCAAUUGCAUGAUUUCCAAUUCUUCAACACACAGCGUCUUAGUGAGCUUUAUGAGAAAGAAGUGCGUCAUCUUAUGCAAACACAUCAAAGAAAUCAAGUAAAAGAUACCAUAGACGUGGAUGAACAAGAAGAUGUGGGAGACCCCUUGACGGUUGAGGAGCAGGAAGAGAAAGAGCAGUUACUGGAAGAAGGAUUUUCGGCUUGGAGCAGAAAAGACUUUAACAGCUUUAUCAGGGCCUGUGAGAAGUAUGGUCGGAAUGAUGUCAGUGGUAUUGCUUCUGAAAUGGAAGGGAAAACAGAGGAAGAAGUUGAAAGAUAUGCCAAAGUUUUCAAGGAUAGAUACAAAGAACUCAAUGAUUAUGAUAGGAUCAUCAAAAGCAUUGAAAGAGGAGAAGCUAGGAUAUCACGGAAGGAUGAGAUCAUGAAAGCAAUUGGGAAGAAGCUGGAUCGCUAUAAAAACCCUUGGCUGGAAUUGAAGAUCCAGUAUGGCCAGAACAAAGGGAAGUUGUACAAUGAGGAAUGUGAUCGCUUCAUGAUAUGCAUGGUUCAUAAGCUUGGAUAUGGCAACUGGGAUGAGCUCAAGGCAGCCUUCCGUACUUCACCUUUGUUUCGCUUCGAUUGGUUUAUAAAGUCUCGUACCACACAAGAACUUGCAAGGAGAUGUGACACACUAAUUAGGCUGGUAGAGAAGGAAAACCAGGAAUACGAUGAGAGGGAGAGGCAGGCACGCAAAGAGAAGAAACUAGCUGCCAAGCAGAACAACACAACCCCAUCCAAGCGCUCCGCUGCUAGACAGGCUGCAGAGAGCCCCCCAUCAACAAUGAAGAAGCGGAAGCAAGCAUCAAUGGAUGACUAUGUGAGCUCGGGAAAGAAGAGGAAAUGAUUGAUCAAUAAUAAGCUACAAACUGCUUUUGUUAUUGGUAAUGAUAAUAGAUGAUGUAGUUGUACAAAUUCAGAAUACAUGUAUGCGAGGUGAUGAUCCAUUUAAUUGUCUUAAAAUCGAGCCUCGUCGAUCCACUUUCUAGUUGAGCUACUGCGACUCUUAUGUAGUGUAUUAUUAGCUGAAGGAAAUUAUUUAGAUUAUGAAGGAUGAUGGAUAUCUUUUGUUGUAUCAAUGUGCAACCGUAUCUGUUGUAUACAAAUGUUGUGUAUUAGCAUUUGUUUUGAAUACAGCCUUUUAAAUCCCA